AUGGGUAAAAACAAACUUUCUAAAUGGUUGCGUUCUGGUGUAAUCGAGAAGAACAUAAAAGAUACUUUCAACGCUACUUUAAAUGCAUUAUGCAACAUCUGUCCUCUGAAUAUUUCACACAAAUCGCUCCGUGAUUCACUCCACAAUAUCUUACAUGACGAUCCGGACUUCCGUAAAAAGUCUCAAGCCCAUAUUACGGUAUUUGGCUGGCUUGAAGAUGAAAAGUUGUCCUCCUCCUCUUCCUCUAUCUCUCCUAAAUUAUUUAAAGGACAUACGAUAUUUAAAAAAUCGAGACUUUAUUCAUCUACCGUGUGUGGACCAUAUGGAACUAUUAACAACCACAAUACUAGAACUACUCAUACUCCUGGAUCUUCUCCGGAAGUAAAACAAAAUUUUUCUUUCACUGAAAAUGAACAAGGAGCAGUCAUAGAGCCGUUCGUUAAUCUUGCAGAAAAAGCAAUUUACAAGUUUCUCGUUAACAAUGAAUCAAUCAUUUCUCCAGAGGUUGUCGAAAAGUUCGUGGCUAAACAACAUCCUCCUGUUAGCACAGAUUUUAGUAACGCUGAUCUCCUGUGCAUGUUAAACUUUAUAAUAGAAAAUAUUAACAUUUUUUUAAAAAAAUCUGUAUUCCACGGCCAGUAUAAGGCUAACCCUGUUGAAUUGCUAACUAAUUUUAAGAACGUAAGAAACAAAUUGGCUCAUGGGAUUGUGAUUAACGAAAAAGGUCGCUGGAGUGAUCAUGCACUCCAGCAUGUCGCAAUCUUAGCUUGUGAAGUUAUCAUUUGUCUUGGUGGGAAUUGCGAAGAGGUAUUUGCUAAAAUGGAAAACGUUGAUAACGAAAUAAUUAAAAGAUGGAUUGAUAAAGCUUCACAAAAAAGAAAAUCGGAUGCAGCAUUUGGUGAUGAAGAGAAUGUUGACGUAUCACAUAAAAGAAGACUUGGCGAUGCGAACUUUGGGAAAAUAACAGAAUUUGCACUUGAUAUUCUUGGAGGGUUAGAAGAAACCAACAAGGGAGAUAAAAAAAAGAUAUUAAAAUUAGUUAUGGAUGAAAAUGAGUAUAUAAAGAAGUUCUGGAAAGCAGUAAGGACAGAAGAAAGAGAAAUUCAACUCCUUAAUGACUUUGCCCGUUUUGUAUCUAUAGAAUUUGAAGGCGAAGAAUCGAGAAUGAAAAUAGAAGUUAU